AUGGCUUCCGUGAAGAGCAUGAUCGCCGCCGGCCUCCUUGCUGCGCCUUGCGCAGAAGCCUUUGUGGCGCCGGGAGGGUCCCAGUCCUCCCAGGCCGUCUCUGGCCUUCGAGGCUCCACGGCUGUGAAGGCUGAGUCUGGCUUCAGCACCUCGGCGUUGGCCAUCUCGGCAACGACGGGCGCAGCGGUGCUGAGCUUCGUGGGUGCAAAGAAGUUCAGCCCUGAGGCACAAAUUGGCGUCACCGAGCCUUUGGGGUUCUUUGAUCCGGCCGGCUUCUGCAAGGACGAGGCUUCCUUCAAGGACUUGCGAGCCAAGGAGCUCAAGCAUGGCAGAUUGGCCAUGAUGGGAGCACUCGGCAUGCUAACGCAGAGCUUGGUGCAGCUGCCGGGCAUGGAGGGCGUGCCGAAGGACAUUUCGGCCUUCAGCACAGGUGCCGGCCAAACCGGCUUCCUCAUCACCAUCGCCAUCAUUGCGGUGUUGGAGGCGGCUGUCUUCGUGCAAGACGACAGCAAGGAGCCAGGCAACUUCGGCAACCCGCUGCCUCUGGUUGGGGAUGACUACUCCGACGAGAUGAGAAAUCGGGAGAUCAACAACGGCAGGAUCGCCAUGUUUGCUGCCCUCGGGCAGAUCGCAGCCGGCCUGUACACGGGCAAGUCCGCCAUUGAGCAAUUCGGACUUUGA